ACCCUUCACCAAACGCCAAAUAGUUGCCUUCCGAGGCAGUUGUGUGUUUUGUUUCUCGUCUUUUUGCCACUUUCUUCCUUACUUUCUUCGCUGUGUGCCGUUGGUCCGCGGACGGUUUUUGCAGGAAAAUGCAAAUACAGGCAAGAUAAGAUAUGACAAGCGCCACAAAAACUUGAAUAAUCGAAUUAAAGCGAAUACCAAGACGAUAUAAACGAACAGCAUUUAAUCGCAGUUUUCCGCAACGUCGGAAAAAAUCAUCAACAACAACAACAACGACAAAAAAAAUUUAACUCAAUUAAAAGUCAACGGAGGAAAAUGCAAUUGAAAUGCAGAGAACAUAUGAAAAGUGCGGUGAUGAGUGAUGUGUUUUUGGUGGAAAUGGAGCGUAUUGUGUGAAGGCCCCCCUUCAUUUUCUGGUCUAGUAUGCGCAGGAAAUUUGCUGACAAUUUUGUGAAAGGUAGAGGGAAGCAAUCAUCAUCGGCCUAGGCGACGGGGCGCGCGUUUUCGGGGAAAAUUCAAUACAAAAACGCGGAAAGCCAAAAAGAAAAACAAAAACUGCACAACAACAAAAACAAAGCAAGCAAGAGAGAGAGAGAGCGGAGAAGCGAAAAAUAAUAGUGUUUGGCCUACCUGUGUUUAUGUUUGUGUAUGUGUGUGAGAGUGUGUGCCUCUGCAAGAGAACGAGAUCAUAACAACAACAACAACAAGAACCACAGCUGACUUCCUGUACUUCCUUCCUCCCACGCUAAUCUUCUUCGACGUUUAUAAUGCAAAUAACAGUAAUCGCAUCCGCAACAACAACGUCUACUUCCAAGAACCGGCUUCGCAGCAACAAAAACAACAACCUCUAGUCAACAAAACUACAAAAACAACAACACACAUAUCCGACAGCCUAUAAAACAACAAAAAAUAUCCUAAAAAUAUAAAAAUUUUCAAGUAAAUCUAAAUUUUAAGAAAUAAAAACAAUGGAUUGGAUCAUCAACGAUGAGUUGGGCCUUACGGUGGGCCAUUUGGUGGGCGGGGCAGCUGCAUCGGCCAUGGUCAUCGGCGGUGUUAUCCCCUAUGUGCCCCAAUAUAUCGAAAUCAAGAAGACCCAGGAUGCGGAAGGAUUCUCGCUCUACGUCUGUCUCGCCCUGCUGAUAGCGAAUUCUCUGAGAAUACUCUUCUGGUUCUCCAGCCGGUAUGAGCUUCCACUGCUGGUGCAGAGUGUCGUCAUGAACGUGACCAUGUUCCUGAUGAUCCAUCUGUGCGUGAAGGUGAAGCGGGUGAAUGCCAAUAACCGCGAGCAUACCCUGAGAGGUGAUGAACUGCAUUUGCCCAAGGUGAUGACAGACACGGAUACGGGAGCCUCGGUUUCCACAGACCCGGGCGGUAGCGUCCUGAAGCGAGUACGUUCCCGGCAUUAUUUAAACGAUCUUGACUUUAAGUACUUUUGGAGCUGGACAGACUUCCAGUCGUAUCUGGACUUUAUGCUGGUGGUGUGGGCCGUUGGGGCUGCCAUAACAUAUCUGAUGUUGUCGGUGCACUGGUUCAUGGAGGCCAUGGGCUUCGUGGCUGUCUUCACGGAGGCCAUGCUGGGGGCGCCGCAAUUUCUGCGCAACUUUAAGAAUAAAUCAACAUAUGGAAUGAGCAUACACAUGGUGAUCAUGUGGACGCUCGGUGAUAUGUUUAAGACUGGUUACUUUAUUGUAAGGAAAGCACCCUCACAGUUCUGGAUCUGUGGCACGCUGCAGGUCAGCUUGGACAUAGCUAUCCUGUCACAGGUGUGGUUCUACCGCAAGAAUUCCAAGCCGCGGGAUGUGCGCCGCGGCGAUUAGCAGUUUGCCCCCGAAGAACAGCCGCAGCACAUGCAUCCCCACGAUCUACAUACAUCCCAUUCCGAGGAGCACCAGCUCUCGCUGCCGGUGACCGUGAGCAGUAGUGGCGACGAUCACCUCCUCACCGCCCGGGCGGACGACGAGCACUUCAAGGUGCUGGACUUUGGCCAGUGCCAUGAUAAUCGCGCCUUUCAGUAUCACAACAACAACAAGAUGCUGCCCCGACCCGGUGGCAGUGGCAAGAGCAAGGACGAUAGCAGCAUGGCCGCGGCCCUGGAAGUGGUCAUUGUCCACUCGCCGGCCUCCAAUGAGCAGCGACUGAUUGGAGGGCAGGAUCUGAGCGCCAACUGCUGUCGCCGGAAGCGAAACAAUGCCACCCAGACACGGUUGGAGGGAGGAAGCUGCUGUUGUGUGAUUACCACACAUCAUCACCACUGCCACUGCAACCACCACCGGCACCAUCACCAUCACCACCACAGCCAUAGCCAUAGUCACAGUCACUGCAACUAUCGAAGCACAAAGCGAAGAGCUCUGCUGCACCAGAAGCGGCACAAGUCCAACCAGCAGAAUCAUCACCAUGGCCAGCGGGACACCAAGCAGACGAACCACAACCCAAUGCUUCCAAACAAGUCUUCCUUGGACUCCAGCGAAGAUGGACUGCCACCGCAUCACCAGGCCAUAGCCAUUGAGAUCGACGCCGCCACCAUGAGCGAGGAUGGCGAUGAGAACAACAGCAGCACGGCCACCUCGAACUUCCCCUACAAGGUCGCCAGCGAGGGAAUGAAGCCCAUCAUAAUGGCGCCCCUGCGGGAGCAGCAUCAUCACAGAAGGAGUUCCCUGAACUCCAACACGACCAUCGAGACGGAUGAGCUGUCGCACGACGAGGACGACGACGAUGUGCAAAUGGGAUCCCAGCAGCUACCCGAAGAUGAAACUCAUCUCACCCAGCCGCCAAACACCAAUAGUUCGAGUAGUUCCACCAAGCGGGGAGCUCCCGCCUCGGCGCCGGUGCGAAACGAAUGCGUGAGGAUCAAGCGGAAGCGAUUCAUAGCCGAGCCUGGCCAGGAUUACUGCAGCAGUUGCUCCAGCUCGUGUUCCUGCAGCAGUUUGGACGAGGAUCAUCACGAAAUGACCGUUGCGGCGGAGUGCCAUCAGUGCAUUUCGGGCUCAAGGCGAGCCAGCUACUGUUCCUGUCACAAUUCCAGCUGCUGUUGUGGCUCCUGUUCCCAGGAGGAAGCCGGCGACGAUGAGGAGGAAGCUGACGAUGAGGAUGACGAAACGACAGGACAGAGGGAAAGCUUCUGCACGGCAGCAGAUCAUACCAUAACGCCAUCCCAGGAGGGCGAUGAUAUGCACAGCAGCACCUUAACACCGUUGAGCACCCACAGAUCCUCUUUUGUGGAUCAGGAGCUGGGUGAUCACACCAUGAGGAGUGAUAACAUUGGGGGCGGCAAUCUAACCGAUGCAGAUGCCUCGUCCCUGAGCCAAUCGGCGGAGUAUUUCUCACUGUCCUCUACAGCUGGAGGAAACACAUCCUUCCCCCUUCAGGACGAGGAGAGGCCGGACAAAAAAGAAAGGGAGCUGAAGGAGGCAGAGCCACUGGCCUGCAAGAACUUCAACCGCAAUCCCCACACGAAACACAAACGCAGCUCAUCGCCGGUGGACAGCUCCUUAUGACGAAGUGUCUCGCUGGUCGCCUGGCCAGCCAUCGAUGUGAACGCCCUGCUCCAGCAGACGAUCAGGAAGUCCGCUGUCCUCCAAGAGACGCCAGUACGCCGGAGAAACACUGCCAAGACUGGUACGAAACCAGCUGGUAGCAAUGAUUCCUCGACGGCCACAUUAACGCCGAGUGUGGUAACCGUGGCCAAGUUUCCGGGACCGGGAUUGAUGAGUGCAGUGACGAGUCUGAAUGGAGGAGGAACCACCUACAGCUAUACCACCACCACGGCUGCUCCACUUAAUUCAGCCACGUCCAGCAAGAGGAGCUCCAAAUACUCGCCGAUACCAAAUGCCGAGGCCUACCAGCACGAUCCUCUCCAGCAGAGCUCGACGGAAAUCAUCUUAUAACUCAUACACACACAUACCUCUAAACCUGAAGCUAUUAUACAGUACUGUCGACACCGUAUAGCAGUGGGAUGGGUCAACCUCAUAUAGGAAUGGAAUAUACAGAAGAGAAAACACCAAUUUUCGUGGGAUAAUCGAAACCAAAAUUCUAAAAGCUGUUCAAUUUGUUGUUAUUCGGGGGUAACAAACGACGAAACGUGAGGAGUAUUAGGAUUACUUUAUAAAUAUAGUGAAUAAACCAAUGUACAUUAUUUUUCAUAUUUGUUAAAUGCAUCCAGAAGAUUAGUUUGACGUGUAAACUACCUUAAAAUCCGGACUAUGUGAAUUUAUAAAACAAAUUAGUUUCAGCUGGGGAAGGGACCAAGCCGGAGUUCUCAAAGCCCUUUCAAAGUUUUCCAACAAGAAAUCCAAACUAAAAAAAACAUAUCCACUUUGAGCAAUUUUCCAGCCAAGAAAACUUCCCUCAGCUUGUUUAGAUUUAACUUAAUAAAUCGUCAUUGUUUUUGUAAUUUAGUUAAAUUCAUUUAGUAGUCCUGUAAGUUCAAUUUGUAUAAAAAAAUUUACCACAAUCAAAGUUUAAUCUCGAUAUUAUUUUGUAAAAUGCUGUUAGUUUUAUAAUUUCCUAGCAGAAUUUAUUAGCUAAGACCUUACAAAAAAAUGGAAAACGAUAAUAAACAAAAUGCAAUUAUAA